AUGCCACACAACAACCAGGAAAUAAUCCUGAAGCGAGCAGCUGACAUUGCUGAAGCAUUAUACAGUGUGCCACGCAAUCACAACCAGAUCCCCUCACUUGCCAACACACCAUCUCACAGCGGAAUGAUGGGAGUAAAUUCUUUCAGCAGCCAGCUAGCAGUUAAUGUUUCAGAAACAUCUCAAGCUAAUGACCAAGUAGGCUACAGCCGUAACACAAGCAGUGUAUCGCCACGAGGAUAUGUUCCCAGUAGUACCCCCCAGCAAUCCAACUACAACACAGUCAGCAAUAGCAUGAAUGGGUACGGGAAUGCUGGAAUGCCCAAUUUAGGAGUCCCUGGGUCACCUGGCUUCCUCAAUGGUUCAUCUGCCAACUCCCCCUAUGGCAUAGUACCAUCAAGUCCUACAAUGGCAGCCUCUUCGGUCACCCUCCCUUCAAACUGUAGCAGUACACACGGCAUUUUCUCAUUCUCACCUGCAAAUGUCAUCUCCGCAGUGAAACAAAAGAGCGCAUUUGCCCCAGUCGUCAGGCCCCAAGCUUCCCCUCCACCAUCCUGCACCAGUGCAAAUGGCAAUGGACUUCAAGAAUCUGGAGAGGAAGAUGGUUUGGGAGGGUAUACUGCAUGUGUGGGAGGUGGCAUCUCUAUCGUUUUUCCAUUUGGCGUUUGCUUUGAGAAUGGCACAAAACACCAGAGACUUCAUGAUUCGAAAUCUAUGUCCGGUCUUGUAGUUCCACCAAUGUAA